AUGAGAUUCUUAUUCUUUUUAAUUGUCUGUGUUUUAGCUUUCGCCACUAGCGCUGUUCGUGCUAUCGAUUGCGAAAUGUGCCAAUAUGCCUUCAGCGUUACUGAAGAUCUCCUCUACCAAAAUGCUUCAGUCGUUGAUAUCCUUCCAGCUUUAAGUUCAGCCUGUAACUACCACGGUGAAGAAUUUGCCGAAACCUGUAAUGAAAUUGUUGACAACCUCGGUUUCGUCUUAUUAGACAAAGCCAACGAACAAGAAAAUGCUCUUGAAGCUUGUUCAGAUUUAGGUGUUUGUCAAGUUGAAAAUGAUCUCCUCAAGAAACACCACUGGAAGAAACACUUAAGACCACACAAAUGGAACCCAUUCAAGAAAUUAAAGUGCUCAGCCUGUAAACACAUCGUCAAAGCUGCUGAAAAAGCCAUCAACAAAGGUACUGAUGAAGGUAAACACUUUGCUUCAUCUGAAUGCAAACACUUAGGCAAACCAUUAUCCCACGUCUGUAACAAAGUAAGAUAUAUAACUUAA